CAGGUAUGAGCGGUGACGCAGGCAAGGUGACCCCGCCCUGCUCGCUCCCGGUGCUCCUCCGGUGUGGCGCAACGCGGCUCCGGCUCGGUGGACUGAUUUUCUUUUUAAGUAAGAAACUUUAGCUCAGAUUAUACUUCUUUAUUUUGUUUUGGAGCUUCACUUCUCACGAGACCACGAUGAAGAAGAAGAGCUCGGGCUCGCGCGUCGGACUUUAACAACUGGACUCGAAGAUAAUUCCCGACAUCUAUCUCACGAGGUCUUAACGAGAUCUUAACGAGAUCUUAACGAGGUCUUAACGAGCGUCGGCCUCGUUAAACAUGUCCGCCAGAGGGAAACACGACGUGUGCCGCAUGUGCGGCGGAACCCUCCAGGGGAACCAGCGGCGCUGGCUGUUUGGGGGACAACUUAAGAAGACGGACCAGGGCCAGACCCCCACGGGGUCCCUGAGAGGAGGAAGCAGCCUGUCCUCGCAGGGCAGCCCCUGGGGCAGCUCGUCGUCCCUCGGCUCCUCUGUGUCUCUCUCCCAGUUCAGCCAGGGCUCCCCGGCCAAGGCGCUAGACGUGCUCUCGGUGCUGACCCACAUCCUGGGCCGGCCCGUGACCCGCGGCGGCGGCCACGGCGAGUUCCUGUGCGGCAAAUGCGUGUGCGUCCUGGAGCGCGUGUUCAAGUUCGACUCGGUGCUCGCCCGCGUCCGGGCGCUCUCGUCCGAGCGGCUCCAGAAGCUGACGGGCGAGCGCGACAAGAUCCGGCAGUGGGUCCGCCAGAGCUACGACCACAGGCACCCGGGGGCGGGGCCCCGGGACGACGGCGGCGGCGGCGAGGCGGAGAAGGAGGGCUACCGCGAGAUGCUCCGGGACAACAUGGCGCUGUCGGAGUACGAGUGCUGGUCCUCGAAGUGGGACGCGUGCUCGUACUUCGUGCGGACGGGGAGGCGCUGCCGGCGGGGCGAAGGCUGCGCCGGCUGCGACUCGCUGCGCGUCUCCGACUCUGACUACGAGUCGGUGUGCGGCGUGCCGCGCCGGCUGCCCUCGGCGCUCUUCUCCCCGACGCCGUUGUCGCGGGACAAAUCCCAGAGCAUGCCGCUGGACUGGCGGCGGGCGGCGUCCCUGAGCUCCGGCAGCACGUCCUCGCUGGCGGGCGGCGGCGGGUCCACUCUGUCCCUGCAGACGUCGUCCCGCACCGCGUCCGUCCGGUCCCUGGACUCUCUGGACGACGACGACGACCUUUUCGACUCGCCGCCGGGCGUCCGGUCGGCAAUUUUUUUGCUGAAGGGCAUCGAAGGGAAGCCGGUGAGCUCGCCGCCGGGCAGCAGGAUCCCCGUCCUGGAGAGGAAGUGCUCGAGCGGCGGCGGGGGGGCGUCGCCCUCGGUGAGCAGGGCGCUGCGCCUCGGGAGUGAGGAGAACGGAGAGGAGGGGCCAGAAGAGGAGGAGGAAGAGGAAGAGGAGGAGGAGUGGCUGAGGGACGAGUUUGUGCCUCUUCAUCGCCAGGGCUCGACUGGCAGGGUCCACCACGCCGUCAGGCACCUGCAAGGCCAGCUGGACCAAGCCGUGGCCCACAUCAGGACCCUGGAGGCGGAGCUUAAACAUGGGAGGAGCCAAGGCCCUGAAAUCAAUGGAUCUGACGACUGGCUCCCCCUGCUCCAGGAGGAGGGCGGCCGCUCGCUGCUGCGGAGCCUCGGACACUCGCUGCACAGCCGGGAGCGCGUGAUCCAGGCCUGCAUGGGUCUGAUCAGGAAGCUGAGCGCGGAGGAGGCGACUGGGGCGGAGCUAAUGGACAAGCUGACGGAGACGCUGACGGAGACGCAGUCUGACAACCAGGCCGCUCUGCAGACGCUGAGGUCCGAGGUGAUGGAGAAGGAGAAGAGCAUGGAGGAGGAGGUGGAGGCUCUGAGGAAGGCCGGCAGGGACCGAGAGGGAGACCUGGACACGCUCAACACCGUGCUGCAGUGCAACCAGGACGUCCUCCACGACCUGCGAGUGGCUCUGGAAGAGAGGGAGCGACUGCUGAAGGAGGUGGAGAAGGAGAGGGAGGUGUGGAAGCAGAGGGACUGCGCCCUCGCCACAGUCUUGCAGGAGAAGGAUGCUCUAAUCCAGGACCUGGCGAACUGUCACAAAGACGUGCAGGGCUUGGCAGUAGACACGGAGGGGAAUGGCGCCACCUUGUGCAGUGAGGUCACCAAACUCACCACAGCCCUGCAGGAGUACCAGGCCAUGGUGCAGGCGCAGCAGGCCGGUCACAGCCAGACGGUCUCCUCCCUGAAGGAGCAGCUCCGGGACACCCGGCGGGAGCUGAGGGCGAAGGAGAAGGAGAAGAAGGAGGCGGACCGAGCCCGGCAGAACCACCGGGAGGACGGCGAGCGGCAGGAGAGGAAGAUGAGGGACGGCCUACAGAAGAGAGAUCAGCUCAUCGAGCAAAUCCUGCUGGACGCUGAGGAGCGAGACCAUCAGCUCCGAGAGCUGCAGCAGAACCUGCAGAACCAACGAGAACCUCCGAGCGCCAUCAAGCACACACUGUGAAGAGGCCGGCUGGAGCAAACCAACUGCAUGGAGGAGGAGGGGGGAUUACUUUUGCACUUUCUGCAUAUUCAACGUGGGGAACAUUAAGUCUAUUUAUAUUUAUCUGGCUCGCUUUUGGCCAUUUUUCCACAAUUCCAACUUGAUUCUCUGGAGUGAAUCGGUAAAUUCAGACUCUAGAGUCCGACAACGUGAUUGCUUUCUGGGUCGGGAGACGUCGAGUCUGGCUUCUUCUAACUGGAUAAUUAAUACUUGACUUAAAAAUGACUAGUGAGUUUUUGAAUGUAAUGGAUCUAAGGAUUAGAUUUAAUUUCAUGCAGUGGGGUUGCUGAUGCAAACAUUUCUGGUUGUGCGUGGAUCCUGAGGAGCAUUAGUUUUGUCCUUUUAGGACCGGCGCGGGGACCAAAUUGCUUAUUUACAGAUUGUCUUUUCGCCUCCUGGGUACAGAACUGUAUGUUUGUUUUACAGUGCCAUCGCAGCACGAGAGGGGUCGUUUAGGACCAAAAUAAUAUGUUUUAACCACUUUUUAUUUUAAACGGCUCUUAUCUUAAAUGUUUACAUUUUAUGUGUAGUUUUGUUUUGUUAGUGUGGGACUUUGUUUUUUUCUUUUAGCUCAAGAGAAUUAAACACUCUGAUUUCUUCAAACGAUCAA